AUGGCUGCCUAUCCCGACAGCUGCGUGGACACCACCGUGCUGGACUUCGUCGCAGACCUGUCCCUGGCCUCCUCUGGAGUUCCCCUGCUCUGUGACUUUGCGCCUGGGGUCCCCUUUGGGGACGGAGCCCUUGCGCUCAGAGAAGGAAGGCCUAGGACGUUGGCAAACUUCGAGGAGGGGGACCCAGAGGAUGAGGAGGGCGAAGUAGAUGAAGGGGACGACGAAGAAGAAGAGGAGCGCGAGAGAGGCGCCUCUCUGCUGGGCCGUCCCAAGAGGAAAAGGGUGAUCACCUACGCCCAGCGCCAGGCAGCCAAUAUCCGCGAGAGGAAGCGGAUGUUCAACCUCAACGAGGCCUUUGACCAGCUGAGAAGAAAGGUGCCCACUUUUGCUUACGAGAAGAGGCUGUCCCGGAUCGAGACCCUGCGCCUAGCCAUUGUCUACAUCUCCUUCAUGACUGAGCUCUUGGAGAGCUGCGAGAAGAAAGAAACCCUUUGA